GCAGCGUCAGCAACUUGAGGACGAUGGGGAAAGCCUAGCAACCAGCAUGGCGACGGGGAAGCUUUCUCAGCUGCUUGUAAUCUGGCGUUAGCUUCGUAGCUUUGUUCUGGGAAAAUGAUUACCUACAGCGCACUGUCGAGCUUUGUACAACACUCAAAAUCAAAAUAUGUACACUUAAAGGUCUCCUAAAACCAUGGGAUACAUUGACGUUAUUAUGGAGUCAAAAAGAGGAAGAGCAUCGCCUGGAUCUGAUUGCAGCAGUAACUUAAGUAGCAGUGUGAGAGGGCGCACUCUAAAAACCUCCCCGUUUUGCCCUGGUUCAUCUAGCAAGCUGAGUCAAUCGAUCGUUAAGGACCAUAUGGUAUCACAUUACAAAAAGAUCUACUCAGCCAAAGCUUCCAUUGAUACCACAGUACCUAAGAGCCUGAUACAUAGUGUGAAGUAUAAUGACCAGCUAAAGCGAGAGCAGUUGAGGAGAGGUGGGCGUCCUCAGUCUGCCCACUCUGUCUUACUAGGCAAUGGCAGAGACUCGCGGUCUUCUGAAGAGAGCCGAGGAUCACUUCAAGGUGAAAAAAGUCCCCUGUUCUGCUCAGGAAGUUCUAUAUUCUCCACCUCAAGGCCCAAUACCUCGUUCCACGCUAAGCAGGUAGUUUAUCCAUCGCAUGGUUCUCGGAACCACCCGCACCAGCUUCACACAGCUUCAGAGUGCAGCUUCCGGAGAUCCGAGACCAACCUGUACAGGCAGCAGUCGGCGCAUUCCUCCUUCGCUUUGGUCGACAACCAGAGCCCCUACUCAACCUUCAAGGACCCGAUACAGAAAACCUAUAGCGGGGAUCUGCUCCAAAAACAUUCUCACUACUUCACCCACGACAAACCCUUCACGCCCAGGACCCUGAAAUCAGAUAAGAGUUCAACCCUGUCAAAGUAUCGCUAUUAUACAGCGCCAAAGAGGAACCCUAAUCCAGAUCCCACCCACUCCAGAAUGAUGCCACCACAGGCAAAUCAUAGAAGGAGAGAACUCGAGCAGCACUCAACAUCAGACUACGAUGAUCACACUCAGGGAUAUACUGACAUGGGCUGGUCUGAAGAUGAAGCCAUCGACCGGCAUGUCUUACUGUCUACCAACCAGAGGCUUGCCAGCAGGAGCAGGAGACAAGGCUCUUUAUCAAGGGCUUCACCAGAAGGCAUGAAAUCUCCAAGUAUGAUGAGCACAUCCGCAGAGGAGGAUGAAUUGGUGUACCUAGAAUUUAUAGUCAAUGUAACAGAUGACAUAUUGUCCCGGGGACUCUUCUCUGACCGGGUUUUGGAUCGGGUGUUUGAGCGCCACAUUGACAAAAACAGGGGUCGACUUAAGGAGGGUAAAAUGCGCCACCUUCUGGAAGUUUUGCGCAGGGACUUUGAAGAUACAGGAGGUAACCCUAGCCCCUUUGGUGCAGCAGAAGAACCAAAGGGAAAAGAGAAAGAAGAAAAAUACCCUCUUUAUAAGCACCCCUCCAGUCUCGGACCUGUGUCAAGACAGUCUCACACCAAAGAAGAGGAGAGUAACCUCUUCCCGUAUGCAUCACGCAGAACAAACUGUGAUUCACCAACCAGUGGCGUUUCUUCAUCGAUUCCAUUUCAUCGCUGCUCUCCUGAGCAGGCCGAUUCAGCAAUAGACACUAAACAGAACUCGGAGGAGUUCAAACUCGAUGAAGAAACUGUGCCUGAUUGGUUGAAUGACGGUGGCAAUACAUAUAAAGGAAUCAAGGAGAAAACCCUCCAUCCUCAACUGGAAACCAGUGUGACUGACACAGCAGAACUCCCUCAGGAACAAUGUGAAGCAACCGCUUCGACCAGUGGAGAAGAACUCCAUCUGGACCCAUUGGACGAUGGACAUGAUGGACUGUCUAAAGAUCUAGAGGAUCUUGGGAAAAGUUUGUUUGAGUCUUUGCAUGUUACUCAAAGUAGUGAUCAAGGGUCUCUGAACCAGGGACACAGAGAGAGAUGCUCCUCUCCCAGUGAUGAUGAAUUUUGACUUGCACUACAUUCAGGAAUUGUUGCUUGAUUAACAUUUAUACGAUACAUUAUAUUACUAUAGAAAUAGGUCUCAGAGAUCACUCAUAUUUUCAGCAUUUUGGUGUUACGUACUUUUUUUUUUUUCUUUUUAAGGAAAGUCCAGAUUCUGUAUUUUGUUCUCAUUAAAACACAUGGAAUGUUUUUCAUAGGAAGAGAUCAACUUCAGCAUUUAUUUAUUUUUAGAUGCAUUGUUAGAAUUUCACUAACAAAUCAAUUCGGAAGUCUGGCAGAAUGUUGGAAUGUUAUGUAACUAAACAAGUGAAUUGCAUUAGACAAUUUCAAAGAACUGCUCACAGCUAUGCACUCAGAAUUUAGCAGGUGACCCGUGUGAUACUGUACGAAUCAUGAAGUUGUGUUGAGAAACGUAUGCUAUUGUUAUACCAGGGAUGAAAUGAAAGUGGUAGGCGUAUUUGAAUUCAGUAUUAACUGUUAAUACUAACCUGAUCGCCACCAAUGAAGUGUCUUAACAAUAUAUUUCUGAAACAUU